UGGAAGUCACCACAACUUGUCUUCUUCCUCCAUGGCUGCCAUUUACGCCGUAUAUACCUCUCCUACUCACCCGCCCAUACCAAACCAUCUUCCUACUCUCAUAGUAACUCCUCAUGGUCAACCGUCUAACAUUCUCUACUCUUACCUUCACACAAACUUUAAUUCCGAGAACUAUCUUUUGACACCCUCUCCCCAAGGUGACCUCUGUGUCGCAAAGCUUUUCCCCCCACGUCAGAAUCCUGGUAAAUCUACUGCAUCCGACCCUGGUCAUUCAAGCUCUUCCGCUGCCCGCUACGUCAGAUGCGAAGCUUCCCGUAAUCUGAAGUGGACGAUCACCAACACAGGUGUCAUAUCACCCAUCUACAAGCUCUCCCUGCCGUCCCCAGACUCUCCCGAUUUACCCCUCUUUCAAAUAUCAAAACCAAAUCCUAAUGCUGCUUUCUGGAGCAUGUUCUACUUCGCUUAUGCAGGUCAUAAUAUUCCCCCAAAGCGCAUUGAAUUCGGAAAGAUACAGAAGAACCCCCCAGGUCCAAACGGUGGCGGAACUAGAAUUAGCAUCACUGGAAAAUCACCCGAAGAAAAAGCAGUCUGGCAGACCUUGGGAGAGGGGAAUGAGGAUUGUGUCGAAUGGGUCGUUCUCUGCGCAGUACUGAACCUUCUCGACGAUGAGAUCAUCAAGGCCGCUGAGAAGAAUCCACCUCCAGCUGCCACACCUGGUCCCAUGCCAAACAGUCCACCUGGCCCUGGCGGUCGACCAGCGCCUGUUGCGCUUCACGACCCAGCUCCAACGUCUGCACCUCCCCAAAAUCAACCACGCCCUGGUCCAUCCCAGCAGCAUCCACCCCGUGGUCCACCACCUCCUCAUUCCCAGGGAGGGCCAGGACCUACCCCGGGUGGUCGUCCCCCGCAAGGGUUCCCCCCUCCAAGAGGAUUUCCACCUGGACAAGGACCCCCUCCAGGAUUCAUGCCCCCUCCUGGGUCCAUACCACCUCCGGGGUCCAUCCCCCCUGGUCCUGCUCAAGGCGGUUAUCAAGGAUUCCCUCCUGGACGUCAGCCCCAACCUCAGCAGCACCGCAUGCCUGGUCCCCCCAGUGGCCCUCCACCCGCUAUGCUCCCUGGCCGUGCGCCGCCCCCACAACAACCAUACCCACAACAAAUACCCCCUGCUCAACAACAGCAGCCAAUGGCAAGACGUUUCUGAUACUCGUAUAUACCUGGACAGUUCAUCAUGAGACAGUCUUCUUUACCCCCUUACCCUCUCCUUGUCUUUUUUUGGUACCCGAUGCCUCCAUAGGUGUCAUGAACUCACUGACUCUGGAUUUCUCUUUCUUUCGUCUUUUAGUGGUCGAUCUAGUCUGACCUUCUUGGCGAUAUUGUCAUUCUCCUUCGAAUAUCUUCAG